CCUCGCCGCCACCGCCGUGCCGCCGCCAUCCGCCCGCCGCCGCCGCCGCCGCCGCCGCCCGGCCCCCGAGCACGCCGGCCCCGCGCGCGCUUCGAGGCCGAGUCAAGGUGUGAGAUGCACAAUGCGAAACCUAGGCCCCAGCUUUUGCACCAUGAUGCACAGGGUUGUACUUUUUGUACUGAACUGAUAGGUGGCCUAGUGGUUAUGCCCUGUACUACCAUUUUGAGGAUCUGGACUCCGUUCCUGCCUUGCUCUUUGGACCACAUUGUCAAUUCACACCGAGUGCAGGAAAAGUUCUAAUACUAUUUAUAUUAAAAUAAAACGUCACCAUGUUGAACAGAUUAAGUGUCAAAAACUAUGUUCCAACUUCCUGUCAACAAUCUUGGCAGUUUAAGAAAAGCCCGGAAAACUGUGAAAAAAAUACUUAGUGACAUUGGGUUGGAAUACUGUAAAGAACACAUAGAAGAUUUUAAACAGUUUGAACCUAAUGACUUUUAUUUGAAAAACACUACAUGGGAGGAUGUAGGACUAUGGGACCCUUCACUUACUAAAAAUCAGGACUACCGGACAAAACCUUUUUGCUGCAGUGCUUGUCCAUUUUCUUCAAAAUUUUUUUCUGCUUACAAAAGUCAUUUCCGGAAUGUCCAUAGUGAAGAUUUUGAAAAUAGGAUUCUCCUUAAUUGCCCCUACUGUACCUUCAAUGCAGACAAAAAGACUUUGGAAACACACAUUAAGAUAUUUCAUGCUCCAAACGCCAGCGCACCAAGUAGCAGCCUCAGCACUUUCAAAGAUAAAAGCAAAAAUGAUGGCCUUAAACCUAAGCAGGCUGACAGUGUAGAACAAGCUGUUUAUUACUGUAAGAAGUGCACUUACCGAGAUCCUCUUUACGAAAUAGUUAGGAAGCACAUUUACAGGGAACAUUUUCAGCAUGUGGCAGCACCUUACAUAGCAAAGGCAGGUGAAAAAUCACUCAACGGUGCAGUCCCUUUAGGUUCAAAUGCCCGAGAAGAGAGUAGUAUUCACUGCAAGCGAUGCCUUUUCAUGCCAAAGUCCUAUGAAGCUUUGGUACAACAUGUCAUCGAAGACCAUGAACGCAUAGGCUACCAGGUCACUGCCAUGAUUGGGCACACAAAUGUGGUGGUUCCCCGAUCCAAACCUCUGAUGCUAAUUGCUCCCAAACCUCAAGAGAAGAAGGGCAUGGGACUCCAAUCGAGAAUUGGUUCCCUUGCUUCUGGAAAUGUCCGGUCUUUGCCAUCACAGCAGAUGGUAAAUCGACUCUCAAUACCAAAGCCUAACUUAAAUUCUACAGGAGUCAACAUGAUGUCUAAUGUUCACCUACAGCAGAAUAACUAUGGAGUCAAAUCUGUAGGUCAGGGCUAUGGCGUUGGUCAGUCAAUGAGACUGGGUCUAGGUGGCAACGCACCAGUUUCCAUCCCUCAGCAGUCUCAGUCUGUGAAGCAGUUACUUCCGAGCGGAAAUGGAAGAUCUUAUGGGCUUGGGUCAGAGCAGAGGUCCCAGGCACCAGCAAGAUACUCCCUGCAAUCUGCUAAUGCCUCUUCUCUCUCAUCAGGCCAGUUAAAGUCUCCCUCCCUCUCCCAGUCACAGGCAUCCAGAGUAUUAGGUCAGUCCAGUUCCAAACCUACUGCAGCUGCCACGGGCCCUCCCCCAGCCAAUACUUCCUCAACUCAAAAGUGGAAAAUAUGUACAAUCUGUAAUGAGCUUUUUCCUGAAAAUGUCUAUAGUGUGCACUUCGAAAAAGAACAUAAAGCUGAGAAAGUCCCAGCAGUAGCCAACUACAUUAUGAAAAUACACAAUUUUACUAGCAAAUGCCUCUACUGUAAUCGCUAUUUGCCCACAGAUACCCUACUCAACCAUAUGUUAAUUCAUGGUCUGUCUUGUCCAUAUUGCCGUUCAACUUUCAAUGAUGUGGAAAAGAUGGCGGCACACAUGCGGAUGGUUCACAUUGAUGAAGAGAUGGGACCUAAAACAGAUUCUACUUUGAGUUUUGAUUUGACAUUGCAGCAGGGUAGUCACACUAACAUCCAUCUCCUUGUAACCACAUACAACCUGAGGGAUGCCCCAGCUGAAUCGGUUGCUUACCAUGCCCAGAAUAACCCUCCAGUCCCUCCAAAGCCACAGCCAAAAGUUCAGGAAAAGGCAGAUAUCCCUGUUAAAAGUUCACCUCAAGCGGCAGUGCCCUAUAAAAAAGAUGUUGGGAAAACCCUUUGCCCUCUUUGCUUUUCAAUCCUAAAAGGACCCAUAUCUGAUGCACUUGCACAUCACCUGCGAGAGAGGCACCAAGUCAUCCAGACGGUCCAUCCCGUGGAAAAAAAGCUCACCUACAAGUGCAUCCAUUGCCUUGGUGUGUAUACCAGCAACAUGACCGCCUCGACUAUCACUCUGCAUCUAGUUCACUGCAGGGGUGUUGGAAAGACCCAGAAUGGCCAGGAUAAGACAAAUGCACCCUCUCGGCUUAAUCAGUCACCGGGCCUAGCACCUGUGAAGCGCACUUACGAGCAAGUGGAAUUUCCCUUGCUGAAAAAGCGAAAGUUAGACGAGGACAGCGACUCGCCCGGCUUCUUCGAGGAGAAGCCUGAGGAGCCGGUUGUGUUAGCUUUAGACCCCAAGGGUCACGAGGAUGACUCCUACGAAGCCAGGAAAAGCUUCCUAACGAAGUAUUUCAACAAACAGCCCUAUCCCACCCGGAGAGAAAUUGAGAAGCUGGCCGCCAGUUUAUGGUUGUGGAAGAGUGACAUUGCCUCCCAUUUUAGCAACAAGAGGAAGAAAUGUGUCCGAGACUGUGAAAAGUACAAGCCCGGCGUGUUACUGGGCUUCAACAUGAAAGAACUAAACAAAGUCAAGCACGAGAUGGAUUUUGACGCUGAGUGGCUGUUUGAGAAUCACGAUGAGAAGGAUUCCAGAGUGAAUGCCAGUAAAACUGCCGACAAAAAGCUCAGCCUCGGGAAGGAAGAGGACAGCUCCUCAGACAGUUUUGAAAAUUUGGAAGAAGAGUCCAAUGGAAGCGGUAGCCCCUUUGACCCGGUGUUUGAAGUUGAGCCUAAAAUCCCUAAUGAUAACCCAGAGGAGCACAUACCGAAGGCCCUUUCCGAGGAUGCUUUAGAAUCAGAGAAGCUAGACCAAAACGAGGAGGAUGGUUCAAAAUACGGAACUGUUCAUUUGACUGCGGAGCCAACCAAACUAAUGCAUGAUGCUUCAGACAGUGAGAUUGACCAGGAUGAUGCUGUCGAGUGGAAAGAUGGCGCUUCUCCGUCGGAGAGUGGUCCUGGUUCCCAACAAGUGUCAGACUUUGAGGACAAUGCAUGUGAAAUGAAACCGGGAACCUGGUCUGAUGAGUCUUCCCAGAGUGAAGACGCAAGAAGCAGUAAGCCAGCUGCCAAAAAAAAGGCUACCGUGCAAGGUGACAGAGAGCAGUUGAAGUGGAAGAAUAGUUCCUAUGGAAAAGUUGAAGGGUUUUGGUCCAAGGACCAGUCACAGUGGAAGAAUGCAUCUGAAAAUGAUGAGCGCUUAUCUAACCCACAGAUUGAGUGGCAGAAUAGCACAAUUGACAGUGAGGAUGGGGAGCAGUUUGACAACAUGACCGAUGGGGUCGCUGAGCCGAUGCAUGGCAGCCUGGCCGGAGUCAAACUGAGCAGCCAGCAGGCGUAAGGGCCAGGCUCUCUGUGGCAGCGGGGACGUGCUGCAGCCUGGAACUCUGCUCUCCUGGCGGCAGGACUGCACAGCUGGACUCUUAACUGGCACUGCCUUGUGAGCGCCGGGUCAUCGGGCUGUGGGAAUGCGUGGCCACUGCAACCCGGUGGUUAUUUCUAAGUCUAUGACACACGAUUGGCUGAUCUUGCAUUGGAACUUGCUGUGACAGACACAGUAAAUAAAUGUGAAAAACCAAUAAGCUGGUGGCUCACGAGCGCACAUGAGGAAAAGCAGAGGUUUAUUUUAUCUGCCUUCUCGACAUUUCUUUCCCUCUGUGAAAUGUUUGGUUGGAUGUUCUUGGGAAGCGUUCUCCCAAUUCACGCGGUAGUGUAGGGCCAGCAGACAAGCUGCCAGUCCAAUGUGUAUAGUAGACUUUGGGGAAAAAAAAAAUCAAUUUUUUUUCAUGUAUUCAUUCUGAAUAGUUGAAAUGUAUAUUUGUACAGUCUUUUAGACCUAUUCAAGUGAUGCCUAUGAUAUUGUUAUUGUGUACCCAUCAUAGAGUUCUUUUUUUAGUGUUGCCCUUGCUGUGUAAUAAACGCUAUCUCUAGUUUACCUAGCAAAAGCUUGAAACUGCGCUAGUAUGGACUUUUGGACAGACUUAGUUUUUGCACAUAACCUUGUACAAUCUUGCAACAGAGGCCAGCCACGUAAGAUAUAUAUCUGGACUCUCUUGUAUUAUAGAAUUUUUCUCGUUCUGAAUAUCCUUGACAUUACAGCUGACAGAAACAAAAACUGGUAUUUCAGAUCUGUUUUCUGAAAUCUUUUAAGCUAAAAUCACAUGCAAGAAUUGACUUUGCAGCUACUAAUUUUGACACCUUUUAGAUCUGUAUGAAAGUGUGUUGUGUUGAAGCAGCAAACCAAGGAGUGCUGCCUUUUGGAUAUUUAGUUUUAUCUUUAGUUAAACACCACCCUGGUGUAUUCAUUUAUACCAUCUAAUAUAUGACACACUGUUGUAGUAUGUAUAAUUUUGUGAUCUUUAUUUCCCUUUGUAUUCAUUUUAAGCAUCUAAAUAAAUUGCUGUAUUGUGCUUAAUGUAAAUAUUUGCUUUAUUACACAUUACAGUCCUGUGUCCAUUAUGUCUUGUGCCAGUUGAUGCCAUGGCUCACUUUCAUCAGAGACAGAAGCCACGGCCACGGAGGAAACUUGUGAAAGACCGAGAUGCGCCAUUGGCAUAAAGAAUGCUUUCUCUCUAGGCACCUGUUACAAAUUCUUUUGGUUUUGUUUUGUCGUUUUCCUUUUUUAACGGCUAAAAUAAACAUCCUUGAGUUUUUCAGUUCCCGUUGUGUUAAGGAGCAGAGCCUGCUUGUAUAUGUAAAUGUCUCCGUGAUAAAAGGAUGUAAACAAAUUGGCAUUAAUGUUCAGGCAGAGUGUUAAUGCCCUGCCUUCUUCUAAAGGAAACAAACGUUAGUUUUCACCUUAUAACGGGAACAAUUGUACUAAACAGGCAACUACUCUCAGCUUUUGUUGUAACGCUCUUCACCAUCUUGCUAUUAAAAAGGCUUUGGAGAUCACACACUGGAGGGCUGUUAAGAUGGAAGGAGCAGCCAUAUUUACUGUACAGAUUCCCAGUAGCAACUUGGACUAAAGAGUGGAGGGUUACAAGGAGGCAGUGUUAGGCCACCUUUUCAGUAAUUACAACUAUGAUGGAAAGCUCCAGUCCGUGCAGUGGGCAGAAGCAGGGCAGGCACCUCUCGGGGACAUUGGUCCAGAGAGUUCUUAAGUGGCUGGCUUCUGUAAUUUCUAAGACUCCCUCCAAUAGAUAGGUGUAACGAAAGCAUUAACAAGACCAAAGAAAGUUGAACAGCUUCCUUCUAAAAUGUUAAGUCCUGCUUCUCGAAAAAUUACAGGAGAAAGCGCAAGAAUAGACCAGAACCUUUAGGGCAUUUGGGGCUGGCAUGGGGUGUCUUUUAAAUCUGUUAUACAAGUAGAUUAUAAAUUCUAUAGACCCCAGCUAAUACUUAGGACAGGAUGUCCCCAAAUUCAGAGGUCACAAACUACCAAAUCAAAAACCGGCAUUGAGAAGGCCGGUUUUCUCUUCCUUAAGGAUAGUAAUAGCAGCUGAAUUGAAGCCAUCUCCUACUUGGUUUGAAAGUCUGCUGAAUAAGUUCCUAGGCAGGAAGGACAGCCUGGACUGGAGUCCUACUUGGAGGUCUAAUGAGACUGGAGUUAGACUAGUGGAGGGGAAGGUAUGUUCCUGGUGGGACAUUUGAGCAGAGACAGAUGCGCAUGCUUCCUUGCUCAGGUGGUGGGAGUGGGCGUUGUUGGCUUUCGGAAAAGAAUUGAGCCACCUAAGAAUUGGAAAUAAGGAAGAUCCCCAACUAGAAAUGUUGCAGAAGUCUGAACGUGUCUCAAUAAAAGCCAUUUUAAAAGAA